AUGGAAGUGAAGCUCGAAAUCAGCGAGGUACAGGAGGAUCAUACACGUGAGCGACAGGAACAUGAGCGUGUCCAAGAAGAGCUGACUCGUGAGGUGAAGCUUCGCCAAUUGAUAUUGGAGAACUUUCUGCCCUUAGAGGAGCGUGAAAAACUUAAGCGACGAGCAUUUUUCGACGAGUCUGAGGAGGCUUGGCGUUUGCGGCCACUUCUUACUUCCUCAGCCUCGGCCGGCGAGCAACGUGGUGGACGUUCCUCUCAUCGGAGAAAUCCCAAUCGUGAAAGUGCUAGAGAUCGCGAUCCCGUUCGGCCAGGAAGUGAAUCUGAGGCUGGCGAUGGAAUGGCAAACGGAGCGCGGCACCACGACACAGAUGCUAGUGAUGAAGAUGCUGCAUCUGCAAACUUCUCUAAGUGA